AUGGCAGACAGAAAAAAUAUCGGUCACCAGAAUCAUAUAGACGUCGUUACAAAAGUAGAAGCAGAUCACCUACUAGGCACAGACGCUCAUCUUCCAAGCACAGUCGUGCGAAAGCAUAAAAAGAGAAGAACUCGUUAUUCUUCUGACAGAGAUAGCAGAAGCAAUAGUAGUAGCAGUGAUAGUAGUAGUAGUAGUGACAGUAGUGAUAGCGAAAGUGAUAUAGAAGAGUAUAGCGCCAAAAAUAGAGCAAAUAACAGUAGUAGUAGUAGCCAUAGCAGUGAUAGUUCAUCUGAAGAUGAGAAAAAACGAAAGCAUAAAAGAAAGCACAAGAAGAAACAAAAGAAAGAGCAUAAAGAGGAACGUAGAAAUGCGAUUACUGGUAAAAAGCUAAAACUCAAGAUAAAAAAGACGGCAAAAGACAAGAAAGAUGAUCAGAACCGUUCACAGCUGCUUGAUUUUUUGAACGCUGCCUUUUAA